AUGAGCGCUCAGUGCUAGUUAGCUGACCUGGGGGAUUUCGCGAUUGUCACCGGUUGGACGUCCUCCCUGUUUUUCGUCUACAAUUCGAUACGAAAACACGAUAAUCUAAUCGCAAUUUCACUGAUAAAUUCAUUUAGUUAAGAUGCAGUGCACCCUCCGGAACGCUUUGUCUUUCGCCCUAAAGACAAACUUGAGGUCAAAUGGGGCAAUCCUCGGCGCAGUGAAUGGUCGCUUCUACUCCAGCGGCGAAGAGGCUGACAUCGUCGUGAUUGGAUCAGGUCCUGGCGGCUAUGUGGCGGCGAUCAAAGCUGCCCAAAUGGGCAUGAAGACUGUCUGCAUCGAAAAGAACGACACCCUCGGCGGUACCUGCCUCAACGUCGGCUGCAUUCCCUCCAAGGCCCUGCUCAACAAUUCCCACUAUUACCACAUGUGCCACACCGGGGACAUGGCAAACCGGGGCAUCAUCGUGGGCGAUGUCAAGCUAGAUUUAGAGAAGUUGAUGGGCCAAAAGACCUCAGCAGUAAAGGCAUUGACUGGUGGCAUCGCUCAGCUCUUCAAGAAGAACAAAGUCAGCCACAUCCAAGGAUUGGGAACGAUCCUGUCGCCGAACGAGGUGCAAGCCACCAAGUCGGACGGAUCGACAGAAGUCGUGAAGACCAAGAACAUCAUGAUUGCCACUGGAUCGGAGGUCACACCAUUCCCAGGGAUUGAGGUUGAUGAAGAAUCAAUCGUAACCAGCACGGGCGCCUUGAGUCUCAAAGAAGUCCCGAAAAAGAUGUGCAUUAUUGGUGCGGGGGUUAUUGGACUUGAGUUGGGAUCAGUCUGGCUUCGUCUCGGAUCAGAUGUGACCGCUAUUGAAUUCGUUGAAUCAAUUGGAGGAGCUGGUAUUGAUGGCGAUGUCUCGAAAACCUUCCAGAAAAUCCUUACAAAACAGGGAAUGCACUUCAAGUUAGGAACGAAGGUCGUGUCUGCUGAGAAAACUGGCGGCGGCGUCAAUGUAAACGUAGAAAACGUGAAGAGUGGCGAUAAGGAAACAAUAGAAUGUGAUGUUCUUUUGGUGUGCAUUGGCCGUCGGCCAUACACUGAAGGAUUAGGCUUAGAAAAUGUUGGCAUUGUUAAAGACGACAAGGGCAGAAUACCAGUGAAUGGAGUGUUCCAAACGAUUGUUCCAAACAUUUACGCAAUUGGCGACUGCAUUCAUGGACCAAUGUUGGCACACAAGGCUGAGGAUGAAGGUAUAAUCUGCAUCGAAGGCAUCAAUGGCGGCCACGUACACAUUGAUUACAAUUGCGUCCCGAGUGUUGUCUACACACAUCCCGAAGUUGCAUGGGUAGGAAAGACUGAAGAACAACUCAAAGAAGAAGGUGUCGAAUAUAAGAUUGGUAAAUUCCCAUUCUUGGCAAACUCCCGUGCGAAAACCAACAACGAAACUGAGGGAUUCGUCAAAGUGCUGGCUGACAAACAAACUGAUAGAGUCCUGGGAACACAUCUUAUUGGACCUGCUGCUGGCGAGUUGGUUAACGAAGCAGCAUUGGCAAUGGAAUAUGGAGCAUCCGCUGAAGAUGUUGCACGUGUUUGCCACGCUCAUCCUACCUGCGCCGAAGCCUUGCGAGAGGCGAACCUAGCCGCUUACAUUGGAAAACCGAUUAACUUCUAAGUUCUAAUAAAAUUUCACACUACGUACAUAUUAUGUUGUUAUUGCUUUUAACCGACAUCUCAAGCGAGGACAAAUUGUAAGAAACACUUCAUUAAUUUAUUUUGAAAAGAACAAUUAAAACAAGAACGAACCGCGAACGGAAAGAAAAGAAAACAUUUCAAAUAUAAAACAUUUUGAAAAGUAUACAAAGGGAUUUAGGACUAAAUCACUGUGUAGACUUUCCUGUUACUUUCUAAGUUACUAUCGUCAUUCGUUAGAGUAUGUGAUAGAGUCCAGUGUCACGUUCACAUGUGUACAGAUUGCAAUAGUUCGACCUGAUUGGACAUUCGCAUUAUGGUAAAUUAUUUCGAAAUAGGAAGGGAAUCCAUUACCACGUAAUUUAGAGACAUAAAAAUAAGGAGAAAAUGAAAUGGAUGCUAAAUUCAAAACGUAUCUUUUAACGGUGCUCUAAGCGUUAUAAAAUCAAUAGAUUAUGUAAUAAAAUAAAUAUUCGAUCCCGAAUUUCAA